AUGGUGAAAGGAGGGUCGGUGAUGGUAGUUGUCAGGGAUGUCACAACAUGGUUCGUGACAACCAGGAUGGAUAGUUCACAUCACCCCGUUGUGGAAGUCUUUGCUGUCAGCAUGUCCGGAAUGUGUACUUAUGUAUCUUUUGGCACAGCCUCUGGACCGUUUCAGCUCAAACUUCAAUCACAGAACAUACACGACUUGUCUGGGGAGUUUGGAAGAGAAGAAAGACUGCGGGCAAAGGGGUUUUUGCUACCUACAUCUAAAAUGGCCCUCACACUGGUUGAAAGUGCAAGUGUAUCAGGGAGGGUGAUAAGCGUACCAAGCUUGACGGCUGGUGUGAUCCCCAAAGAAUGA